GUGUUUUCUUCGGCUCAGAAUCUUCAUGCUACUUUGCAAUUAAACUAUAACAGACAUCUGUAGGAUAAUAGGAGACCCGUUUUGCGAUUUGCCCAAUUCGAGGGACAGUUAAUGAACGCAUAACUCGAGUGCGCGGCUGUGCAAUAACGUCUUUUCAAUUGCCAAAAACGAAAUCAAAACCAAAAAAAAACGCCGAGAAGGUCAGAAAAAUGUACACAGGCGCAUACCUGCGCCCGUGUGUCUUGUGUGUGUGUGUGUGUGCGUGUGCGUGUGAGUGCGCAGAAAGUUAUACAGCUGUAUUCGCCUGGCGUAUUUAUCAAUAAAUGACUACUAUGAUCGCCGGAAAACUUCAGUUACUGGAACUUCACAGGGACCUACGUAAAUGCCACGGGCAGAGAUUCAAGUAGAAGCAGACCCAGUGACGACAGGCCUGUCAAGUGCAGCAGGAGACCCGUGUGAUACGCAAUAGGUGGGCCCACCCCCCACCCGCCCCGCGUACUCGUAUCCAUACCCAUCCAUAACCAUUUCCCUAACUCAUACCAUCUGAGAGUCGGUAAGGAAUCGGUGGAUAUCGGAAGUGAACCAGGAGGAAUCGCCAGCACACGCGGCAGAGCACUUGCGGCCGCGGUGGCGACCACACGGCGGCUGGGCAGCUGGGCUUCCUAGGAAAACCGAGGAGAGGCAACAGUUUAUUCGAGGAAUUCGAAUGGCAUUUGUUUGUUUCGCUCGUUGCAUGCCACCAAACGAAAAAAGAUGAACAAUGAACAAACGUCGUCAUCAUCGGACACACCGGCGGAUCGUGUGGGAUCUGGAGGAGAUGCUAUCAAGCUGCCCACGAUCAUACCGGACACGCCCAUCGUCUCGAUUGCCGCUGGGACGAUGAGCGAGAGCACCACGACGACCACCGUAACCCAAACGACGCCGACCUCGUUCUCGAAGGAGCAGCUCAUUAACAUGAUGACGGAAUUCGGUGCGAUGCUUGACUUGAUCAAGGGCAACGACACCCAUGGAGCAGCAGCAGAAGCAGCAGCAGAGGCCGCAGGAGCUGCUGCAGGAGCAGCAGCAGGAGCAGCAGCCGUAGAGGCAGCACGAGCAGCGGCAGCAGCAGAAUCAGAAGGAGCAGCAGCAGCAGGAGUGGCUACCAACCAUGUAGCAACCAGCAGCAGAGGCAGUGACCCCAAGAAGUCAUCAUCCCCUAGUAAUAGCCAUAGCUCUACGAACCACGCAGCGGCGGCAGAUGCUGCCAAGGGUUCGGCAGCAGCAGCACCAGUAGAUUCAUCCUUCUUCUUCGCCAUGCUGAAUGAUUCGCCCGGCGCAGAACUGUCGCGACCAAACCACAGAGUCCUCCAGUAUGGGGCCACUGCCAAGGGCAAGACCCAGGACGAUCAAAAUGUCGGCAAGCGGCAGAAGAAGAAAAAGACAAAAUACGAUACGUGGGAAGAUAGCGAUUUUAAUGAUCUCGACGACGCAUCAUUGAAAAAACUUCUCGAGGAGGCCUAUUGGUAUCGAAAUCCUGGCGACAGGAAGAACAAGAGCGAGCGAUUUCUGCAAAUGCUCAAAAAGGCUGAGUACGACGAGGAGAUCUCUUAUCGUGCCAUCAAAUCCUGCCUCACACUCAACCCAUCCGCACUAGCGUCCAGUGCAGCAGCAGGCUCGAGCGGCGGUAGCAGCAGCAGUGCAGGGCACAACAGCAGCUACCACUCCACCAAUCACCGGUCCACGGAUCCCGCCCAGCGGCACAAGCAGGGCGGCUCCCUGCAGGAUCUCGUCGAGGCGGCGCACCGCAGCGAGCUGGCCACAACCUCGGCGGCGGCGGCUGCAGCGACGGCGGCCACAACGGCAGCAACGCAACGUUUCAACUGUGAUUACCAGCUGAGUGGCCGCUCCAAUCGACGCCAACAGCAGCAGCAGCAGCACAACCAAAACGCCACCUCCGCAUCUGCAUCCGCAUCCAAGAAGAUCAAGAACUCAUCCGUCUCGGGCCGGCAGCGCGAAGGAGGCAGCCUGCCCAGCAGCGUUAAUUUUGAGCCGGCAGCUGCCAUGGAUGCCAAGCAGCACAAGCAGCAGGCUCAUCUCUCGUCGGAGGCUGCAGGAGGAUCGGGAUCCGCAUCUGUGGGUGGCAACAAACCCCACCACCGCAGCAGCACCGGCAGCUGCAGCAGCCUGCCCAGCCAUCUGGGUGAACGCGAUCCGGAGGCGGGCAUUCAGUUCGACAUGGACGAGGACGAGGCGACGGGCGCCGGGGCCGGGGUUGGCAUUAGCGGCAUCCCACCCGACUUUCUGUUGGAGGUAAGCGAUGAUACGCUCAAGAAGUGGGACCUCAGAAUGGACGGCAGGCUCUGGGAGAUAGCAAGGUCCAUCGUAAUAGCAGAUUUGACCGAUCAGGCGGCGCAAAUGGAGCCACAAAACCCCUCGAUGACGUUCUUGCUCGACGCCAUCAGUGGCCAGCCGAAGCAGCCGAAGCAGCUUGCGGAGGCCAGGGACGGCGGUGCCGCCAAAGAGUUCCUAAUCGACGACCCGCUACACUUCUCCGUCCUGGAGUUGUCCGCCAGGAGCCAGCUGCAGCAGCAGGCCCACUAUCUGGCCGCCAUCACUGGACAAUUCGGGCUCGGCCUGGAGGAGCAGAAGCGCAAGGUGGAGGCCGGCUAUGUGUCGCUCAACGACAACUACACGGCCUGCUCCUCAGUGUACGGCGGCGGCGCUGGUUCGCCAGCUGCCAUCGAGAGCAGCAAGCCCUCGACCUCCUCCUCGACCUCUUCCGGCGGCAGCAACUGCGGAGCCUCCUCCGACGCGCUCUCCGGCGAUUUGCGUCCCGCAAAGAUUGGACGCAUGGUCUCCGCCGCAGCGUCAGCGGCAGCUGCGUCCAUGGGUGGCAAGGCCACUACGCGCCAGCUGGACGAGAAUGGGAAUGCAUUGAGCGAUGGCUUUGGUGGCAAUGGAGCCAGCGCAGUCGCCACCAGCAGCAUCGGCAGCAAUGGCAACGGAAACCAGUUCACGGCCCUAAUAACCACCACGGUGGGAGCCAGUGCACCCACCUCGUCGACUGCCCACCGUCAGAGUAGCGUCUCAACGCUACUCUCCACGGGCACGAACACCACGACCACGGCCAUGGCAGCGGCAGCGGUGGCUGCAUCGUACAGCCAGCUGCAGCAGGCACCGGGAGGAGGUGCGGUGGCGGCUGGACCGGGAAUCGGCAUUGGCAUACAGCAGCCCACCACCAAGCAGAAGGCAAAGAAGAAGUCCCAGCAGGAAAGAAACACCACCACCGUGGAUGUGGAGUCUGUGGCAGGCUAUCGGGGCAAUGAUCCCGUUGAGCAGCUGGUCAAGUACAUUGAGAACGAUGUCAACGGUGGCGGAAACAAUGCGGCGGGACAGCGCAAGAAGGAGCGCAAGAAGCAGAACAAGCUCAAGAAGAGCAAUUCGCUGGAGGAGCUGCGCAGCUGCUCUAAAAUGGAGGUGGAUGAUUUGAAGCGCCAGUCGGCGACCACAGAGAUGAUGCGCCAGAAGAAGGGCUCGAAUAAUUCCGCCUCGGGUGGAUCGUCGACCUCGAGCACCGGGAGCAAGCACAACUCGGCCUCCGUGGCGGACAUCAGCAAGAACUGCAACAAGGAGCAGCAGUCGGUGCAAGUGCGAAACAGCGGCAAUCCGGGAUCGCAGCAGCGAAAGGGCGAGCGGCGAUCGUGGGGCACCGAGGAGUUGCAGUACCUGGGUGACCACCAGGAAAUGGCAGCCGCCUGGUCAGAGCCAGAGUCUCUGGGCCAAAAGCAGAUGCCGCUGACACUGCCCGCCUUGGCGCGCAUGUCUGAGCUGGAUGCCCUGAAUACCGUGCUGUCGGAAACCGCCGAAUUCCAUGUGGUGACCAAGAAGAAGAAACCAAAGAAGCAGCGUGCUGUUACCAUGGACGAUGCAGCGGUGGCGGCCGCUGCCAGUACAGGUGGCAACUUGCAACGUAUGCAGCAGAUCACCAAGUCGGCCUCCUCCAACAUGAUGUCCCAGCGGAUGCAUUACUACACCCCGUACACCAGCAACAACAACGGAGGAGGCACUGUUAACUACAAGCAGCAGCAGCAACAAUACCAGGAGCAGUACCAGGCUCAACAAGGGCAGCAUCAUCAUCAUCACCACCAUCACCACCACCAUCAUCAUCAUCAUGGCGGCUCGGCAGUAUCCAACCAGGUGGACAGCUCGCGUCGCAAGUCCACGUCGUCUAUGCCGCCGUCGGAGAAGUCGGACUCCAGUGAUCUCGACUCGGUCCACUCGCUGCCCAUCCAGACUGGCAAAAAGAAGUGCCUUGGCGGUGGCAACAACAAGCAGCGGGCGGCGCAGGCCGCCAGUCAGCGUCAGGCCAAGCAGAACAACAAUUCGCCGGCUCCUAUUUCGUAUGCGGAUAUUGCCCGAAACAAGCAGGAGGCCCUGAACAAUGCCACGGCCAGCGACACGGAAUUGGAGCUGGGCGACAAGUUCCAGGCCAGGAGUGGCGGCAAGUCCAAGUCGCGGCCCGACUUCCCAGAGCUACCGGGAGCUGCUACGCCAGCGGCUGGAACUGCUAGUGCCGCCAACCAGCCGGCAGUUGUUAGCAACCAAAAUACUGCGCCGUCCUCGUCCAGUUCGAUCAGCUACUCGCAGAGCCUCAAUGCUUCGCCCCCCAGCAGCAGCAGCGAUGCGGAGUCCACCAACUCGCCGGAGCUUCAGGCGCAAGUGCAGGUGCCCGCCUGCAGCCUGGCCACGCCCACCCUAGCCGCGUACACGAGCAGUAGUGUCAGCAGCUCCAACGCCAGCACCUCUUCGACAUCCUCUUCGCCCCCGGCUCUGCAGAAGUCCAAGAGUGUGGAGCACGAUGCUACCUACAGCUGUAAUAGCAGCAACCUGGACCAACAGUAUCCGGCGUUGGAGAAGACCGUCAAGCGGCACAGCACCAACAAUGUUUCCGUAGUCGUCGUAGCAUCCACCUCGGCUUCGUUGUACAACUUCGCGGCAGCAGCCAAGCAGCAGCUGGAGGAAAAAGCCUCGGUGCUCACAUCGCCGUCGACAGCAGCAGCAGCAGCAGCAACAACUACCUCAACCGCUGUCGCGGCCACAGCUCCUGCUGCAGCUACAGUUCCUGGUUCAUCGUCAUCCUUAGAUCAAGCUUCGACUCCAUGUCCCUGUAUAGCUUCAUCCUCAGCCAAGGCCAAGGCCAAGCCAAAGGAGCUAUCGCCCAGCAACAGCAGCAGCAGCAGCAGCAGCAAUAGCAGCAACAGCAGCAACAGCAAGAAGCCAACGAAGCCUAGUCAAGAGGAGUCGUCAGUCAGUCUGGCCAGCACCUCCAAGACGACCACCAGCACUAGCACCACUACCACGCAGAAGACCACGGCUGCCACGCAGACCGAGGGAGCCAAAAAGCUGAUCAGCGGCAUCCAUAAGCUGGCCAGCAGUAGCUGCAUUGCCAAGGGAGCCGGGGCCGUUUUGGAGGCCACCGGCGGCAGACGUGCUGUGAUUAUAUUAAACGAUGAUCGCGAAGCGGGCAGGAGCAACAACGAGUUUAUCUUUGGUGAUUUUAACGAGGAUGAGCUAAAGCUCUUCGACGAUAACUUAGAGGAUGAAAUGGAGGACGAGCACAAGCAGGCCUCGAAUAAGCAGCAGCAAACAGAGACGGAUUCGGAUGCGGGCCAAGAUGAUACGGAAGACGGGGACCAAGAACUGGAUAAUGAGGAGGAUAGCCAGGAGAAACAACCAGAGAAGAAGCAGGAGAUUCAGCAGGAUGUCAGUGCGAGCAGUGAUCAGCAGCUGAAUGAUUCCGGUGCCGCCUCGGAUGCGGUCAAUAGCUCGGCCAGCCUGGAUAUGCUCUCGAUUUCCGCGGAGGCGGCACAAUCUUCGCCGAAUGCUGGAGCAUCCGCCACCUCAUCGAGCGCCGCCAGUCUCAUUAACUCGUCCACGCCCUCGGGCUCGUCGUCCUCCUCGGCGAGCACAUCCACCUCAUCAUCCUCGGUCUCGAUUUCGUCCUCCUCCGGCGGCAAUGGCGCCGCCUGUUUGGCAUCCAUUUCGGGUAUGCUGGGAGGAGUGGCCAAUCAGUCGGGGGAUAGUGGCAUUUAUGGUGCCGCCAAUACGUCCAUUAAGGAGCACGUCAACAAUUUCCUGAGCAAGGCCAGCAGCAGCGAGGAGACGCUGCCAAGUGCCAACUCCAUCUCGAUGCAGCAGCUGGAAACGUGCAACGACAUCGAGGCGGCCAUCAUAGCCGCUGCUCGUGCCGCCGCCGCUGCCCGAAGCACCAGCUGUAGUCGCAGCAACUCGCAGGAACAGGAGGCCACUCAGUCGCAGGCCAAGACCAAGUCUAAUACCAAUCCGAACCCGAACCCGAAUCCCAAUACAAAUCCAAAUCCAAAUCCGGAGACGAAGGUUGCCCUGCCCGUGUUCAUGGCCUAUAACGACGACGACGACGAGGACGACGAGAGCCUGCAGGAACUGAGCUUCAUGGCCGACCUCAAGGCGGAUGCAGCCACGACGUCCGCGGAGGCGGAGGAGGCUAAUAUUCUGACGCCGACGCCCUCGCGACCGGCGAUGAUGAGCAAUACGGAACUCAUCGUCGACUACAUCGCCAACACCUGGAAUGCCAUUGCCAAUAGCAAGUAUGUCACAUACUAUAACGAGCAGGAGCAGGAGACCUAGAAACCAACCGAUUCAGCAGUCGUUGUGUGAACAGCGACAUCUUCAAAAUCACCAACAUUAAGGCAACAGCAGCAACAGCAACAGCAGCAACAACACCAGCAACACCAAUCGCAAUAGCAACGUCAGCAAUAUCGGCAGCAAUUUAACGAGAGCAUCCAACAUCGGCUGAAGACAGGGGAGGAGUUUAGUUUGAAUUGCAUGUUCAGUUGUUUAUAUAUUUUUUUUUACUUUGUGCUGGGCCAUCGUUUAUACAUCUACCGAUAUCGUACAUACACUAUAAAUAAUUGCUAUAACAAUACGCUUUUAUGCUAAUUAAUGUAACGAAUCAAUAGAAUAACUAUUGAUUGCAAUUUACAAGCGCGAGCGCGGCAGCGUAGGAUCAGGAUUAUGAGGAUUGUCAAGAUUGUGAGGAUUGUCAAGAUUGUCGAGGUGUGUCAGGUGUGAGUGGGGGUGUCUGUGUUUCCAGAGUAUGAAUGCGAGGGAGUGCCUGAGAUUAGGAGUAUAGGAUCUAUUUAGAAUGGAGGUCGAUUAUGUAGGGACAUGCGCCCAAUGGGUAAACCAUCGCCAGGAGAAGAUCGAGGGGGGCGGGGAUUUCCAACGAUUAUGAGCACAGGAUCCCCAAAAAAAACCCCUUCGUACAGCUGUGAAUUAGGAGGAGAACAUAACUAAGAAAGUGAACUUACGAACUUACGCGAGAAUGUAAUUGGGAUCGGAGGAGAAGCUAUAAGUGGAUAUUUAUUUAACAUUAGUUAACCGCGAUUUAACCGUUUUUUCGCCACAAGAUGCGAUGCAUAGUGAUGUUCAAUCAAGCAUUUGGAUCUGCUUUUGUUAAUUUACAACCUUCUGGCUCCUUAAAACGCAACGUUUUACCAUUACUAUUACUAUUACUGUACUUUAAUUAUUAUUACUACUAUUACGCAACCGUUUUUUUUUUAUUUUUGUCUUUGUUUCAAACGCCCCUCAACUUUGGGAAGGGCGUGUUAUUGAAAGAGCAGAAAAUAAAACUAAUCCUAGUUCUUAGACCGAGUCAACGUCGCGUGUACAUAUUAUGAGACCAGAAGUUUAGGGGGCAGUUCGACCUCGACCCUUGGGUUUAUUGUGUUACAGAGAGGAAAGAAAGCCCCGCGGAAAAUAUUUGAUAUGUGUGUGUAUGAUAACGACUAUUUAAAGUAAACUAUGUAAGGCCCGCUCCUUAGCUCCGGCUAGCCAUAAAUAAGCCUCAUGAGGAAAGUAUGUUAAACAGAAUAACCGCGAAGCAGAAAUCAGAAAAUAGAAACAGAAAACCACAAAAAACCAGCAAAAACACUAUAAAAACUAUUAUGCACUUACGAAAAAUGCCGCCGUUUAGCAGGGAGAGCCUCAGAAGGUCUCUCCAAAGGGUAAAAGAAGGUUAGAUAUUGUAACCAUUAAAAUAUAAAAUCGAAAAAAAAACAAAAAAAAAAAAAAA